AAAAGCGAGUAAGCGCGAUGGCCCGAACCAAGCAGACCGCCCGCAAGUCCACCGGAGGGAAGGCUCCCAGGAAGCAGCUGGCCACCAAGGCCGCCCGCAAGAGCGCCCCGGCUACCGGCGGAGUGAAGAAGCCUCACCGCUACAGGCCCGGCACCGUGGCUCUGCGGGAGAUCCGCCGCUACCAGAAAUCCACCGAGCUGCUCAUCCGCAAGCUGCCCUUCCAGCGCCUGGUGCGAGAGAUCGCCCAGGACUUCAAGACCGACCUGCGCUUCCAGAGCUCCGCCGUCAUGGCUCUGCAGGAGGCCAGCGAGGCCUACCUGGUCGGCCUCUUCGAGGACACCAACCUAGCCGUUGUUAGAAUCAUGAGUGGCCGUGGAAAGGGAGGCAAGGGACUCGGGAAGGGCGGCGCCAAGCGGCACCGCAAAGUCCUCCGCGACAACAUCCAGGGCAUCACCAAGCCCGCCAUCCGCCGCCUGGCUCGCCGCGGCGGAGUCAAGCGCAUCUCCGGCCUGAUCUACGAGGAGACCCGCGGCGUGCUGAAGGUGUUCCUAGAGAACGUGAUCCGUGACGCCGUGACGUACACGGAGCACGCCAAGAGGAAGACGGUGACCGCCAUGGACGUGGUGUACGCCCUGAAGAGGCAGGGCCGAACUCUGUACGGCUUCGGAGGCUAAAUCCGGUCCGGUCCCAACCGAACCCAACAAACAACAACGGCUCUUUUAAGAGCCACCCACACUUCUCAAGACUCAUGCUUCCUCCUCCUCCGACUAACUGUUGGACUCCUGAAACACGCAGAAUGUGGUGAAACUAGAACACCGGGCUGCUCUGCGCUGGUUGCUGACACAUGUUGUUUUCUAAAUGGCUUUUUCUAACGCCCCAGCUUUUCUUUUCUCCUUCCCGGAGCCUUUCCUAGCUUCUCAUGAAAUUCUUGCCAAAUAAACUUUGUGCCGUAAACGUGUUCAAUAAACUCGCCUGACAUCA